CAUCGUUAUCCUCCAUUCCAAUCUUCCACAAAGACAAAACCCAUUUCACAUUUCAUCAAACCCUCACAGUUUCACCACAAAAUCUUCAUCUUUUCCAUCACAUAAUGAGGCUCUACGUCUACGUUUUAGAAGGCAAGAAUUGGGAAGUCGACGAAUCGUUCGUAAAACUCAGAGUCGGAAAGUCCAAAUCAAGAACUAGGGUUUUGAAGAACACGAAAACCCCAAUUUGGAAUGAAGAAUUUGCAUUCAGGGUUCAUUCGUUAGACGAUCAACUUACUGUGUCUGUUCAUCAUCAUCAUCAUCAUGAAGGUAUUGGUUUCUUGAAGAAUGGUUCUAGGAAUUUGGUGGGUCGGGUUCGGAUCCCUUUGUGGUCUGUUGCUGCUGAAGAGAAUCAUCAUUUGCCACCCACCUGGUUUUCCAUUGAAACCCAUAAGUCCAAAAAAUCAAUCAAUCAAGAAUGUGGGAAGAUUCUUGUCGCUCUUUCUCUGCACGGAAGAGGCCAAGACGUAUCCAACGAUUACCCAUUCGACUUGCAAUCCAACAUCACCGAUAACAGCAACGACGAAUGUGACAGCAAACACAGCCCGUCACACGAUUCCAACAGCUCAAAAUCACCACGAAAGAUGAUGAAAUCCAUUGUCGAAAAGCUUUUCAGUAAACACGACGAUUCCGCCAUGAAUUCAUCCGACAAUGGUGAGUCAACCGAAGAACCUGCCUUCACUACUUCCUUUGAAGAUUCCAUGGAAACCAUGGAAUCCACAGACGAAGGAAGGGAAACGCCGGAAAAUCUCCAAGGAGGUGUUCUUAUUGACGAAACUUACGUAAUACCUCCCAAAGAUCUCAACCAUUUCAUAUUUGCUCCGGAUUCGCAGUUUCGGAAAGAUUUAGCAGCGAUUCAGGGUACAACGGAUGUUCACGAGGGUCCGUGGACAUGGGAAUCCGAUAAGAUGUCGUCGUUAACGCGAACCGUUACUUAUACGAAGGCAGCAUCGAAGUUGGUCAAGGCUUCGAAAGUUACAGAAGAACAGACUUACGUUAGAGCAAGCGGGAUCGAAUAUGCGGUUUUUGUAAGAGUGAAUACACCUGAUGUUCCAUAUGGAAAUACCUUUCGAGUUGAACUAUUGUAUAAGAUAACUCGAGUUCCCGAGCUCGGAGGAGAUGAAACAUCGCGGAUUAUAGUUUCUUGGCGGGUUCAUUUCAAUCAGAGUACGAUGAUGAAGGGUAUGAUCGAAGGGGGAGCUAAGCAAGGAUUGAAAGAGAGUUUUGACCAGUUUUCGGCAUUGCUGGCCGAAAGAUUCAAAUUGGCAAACCCGUCGGCCGGAUUAGAUAAAGAUCACGCGUUGGCGAGCCUGCAGAACGAGCACCAGUCGGAUUGGGAGUUAGCCGUCGAAUAUUUUUGUAACUUCAUGGUGAUUUCGACCGUGUUUAUGGUUCUUUAUACCGUUGUUCACAUCUUGCUCUGCGAGCCACCGCGGAUUCAGGGUUUGGAGUUUAACGGUCUUGAAUUGCCGGAUAGUUUUGGUGAACUCGUUACGUGUGGGAUCAUUUUCUUCAACUUGGAGCGCGUUUCUAUCAUGGUUUCGCAUUUCGUUCAAGCUAGACUGCGUAGAGGAAAUGAUCAUGGUGUCAAAGCUCAAGGUGAAGGGUGGGUGCUUACUGUAGCGCUCAUCGAGGGAACCAACUUGGCUCCAUUGGAUUCAUCGGGUUUCUCAGAUCCGUACGUAGUUUUGACAUGCAACGGAAAGACAAGAACGAGCUCCGUCAAGCUUCAAACGCUCGAUCCUCGAUGGAACGAGAUACUCGAGUUUGAUGCUUCAGAAGAACCGCCAUCAUUGUUGGAUGUUGAGGUUUUCGACUUCGAUGGUCCUUUUGGUCAACCGACAUCACUCGGGCACUCCGAGAUUAGAUUCUUGAGACAUACGGCGGCGGAAUUGGCGGACAUGUGGGUCCCUCUCGAUGGAAAACUUGCGCAGUCUUUUCAGUCGAAGUUGCAUUUAAGAAUUUUCUUGGAUAAUACCAACGGAGUUGAAACGAUCAAAGAGUACUUGACGAAAGUUGAGAAAGAAGCGGGGAAAAAGCUCCACGUGAAGUCCCCUCAUCGGAACUCGACAUUUCAAAAGCUUUUUAGCUUGCCACCGGAGGAGUUCCUCAUCAACGAUUUCUCGUGCUCUCUCAAAAGAAAAUUACCCCUUCAGGGUCGACUGUUUGUAUCUUCACGGAUUGUCGGGUUCUACGCCAACUUUUUUGGACACAAAACGAAGUUUUCGUUCCUGUGGGAAGAUGUUGAAGACAUUCAAGUGCUUCCUCCGUCGUUGGCAUCCGUUGGUAGUCCGAUCCUUGUCAUGGUUCUGCACAAAGAUCGAGGUGUCGACGCCCGACACGGUGCAAAGUCUCAAGACGAACAGGGCCGACACCGUUUCUAUUUCCAUUCAUUUGUGUCGUUUAAUUCUGCAAGACGGACGAUUAUGGCGUUAUGGAGAACAAGAAUGUUGAGCGGAUAUCAGAAAACCGACGACGACUUUGAGGAUCAACACGAACAAGAUAAAGCUGACGACUUUGAGGAUCAACACGAACACGACGAAAAGGGUCUACAAGAAGACGUGGCUUCCCAUUUGGUAUUCGAAGAUGCAAAAAUGUCGAAGAUUUACUCGGUGGAACUUCCGUUCAGUGUUGAGUCGACGAUGGAGAUCUUUAAAGGAGGGAACUUGGAGCAGAAAGUGAUGGGAAAAUUGGGUUGUUUGAAUUACAACACGACGAAUUGGGAACCUGUAUAUGAUCGUUCUAACGUGGCUGAACGUCGCUUAUGUUACAAGUUGAACCGAAGGGUGUCGAGCUUUGGCGGUGACGUCAUGUGCACGCAACAGAAGACACCAAUUGUCGACGGUAAAGGGUGGAUUGUGACGGAGGCUAUGUGUCUGCGCGAUGUGCCAUUCGGCGACCACUUUUAUGUUCAGGUUAAAUACAAGGCGAUGGAGCGUAGACCGGGAUGGUGCGGUUGUGAUGUCUUCGUCGGGGUUGCGUGGCUCAAAAGUUGCGGGUUCGAGCAGCGAAUAAGCCGAAACGUGGUUGCGAAGUUGAGUGAUCGGGUUCGGGAGAUGUUGGAGUUGAUGGAGAGGGAGAUUUUGCUGUCGUGUUGCUGAUGAUGUUACAUGAACAAUUAGCAAUUUAGCAUCGUAUAAUAUUUUUGUUAAUUAUUUUAAGUGUUGUUAAUUACAUAAUCUUUAUCUUUAUAUAUAUAAAAGGAAA